ACGUUCAUUGCGAGCGCGAACGAACGAGCAUGCACACCAGGCGCCACCUAGGUCUACCUUUAUUCCUCGAAACUUGUCGGCAAGGUGCGAAUACGAUUUCAAGGCAGCAAGGGGAGAAAAACAGAGGGCAGAAGCUUGGAAUCGCUGGCGUGAAACGGACAAGAGGAAUCAAGCAGGCGAACCUCACGAGGAUCAGAGAGACGAGGACGCCUUUCCUGCAACGCCCGUGGGUCAACGUUGCUCGCAGCGCGGCGAAAAAAUCGAUAAUGGAAGCGCCAGCCGGCGAAGGCGCACGCGUCAAGCGUUACUGAUGCGUGUCAGCUGUCCCGGUUGUAACUAAAACGGGAGUACAGGUGUUCCUCGCUUCUUUGCGACAGAAGUCUUCCAAUGCGGAGCUGCGGUCCCGAUCGAACUUAAUGGCUUGCGACAAUCGCACGAAGGUGUAUCUCGGAUACGAGGACGAGUACAUCGCCGAGAAGCACCGUUCCUCGCUUAACUUCCAGACGAACAAGAUCGGCGGGUAUCCGAACUGCAACGGCAAAAGCACAUUGUCGUCACCACAAUGCAGACUCUGCGGCUUGUAUCAACUGUUAGCGCUGCAAUUGUACGCGCCGUUAGAUAAUUCGAAGUACCAUCGGACGUUAUAUAUAUUCGCGUGCAUCAAUCCGAACUGCUGGAAUCAAAAUGAAAGCUGGACAUGCUUGAGGAUACAGCAUGUGGAGGACGAAAGCAAAACGGGCGCGUUGGACUGCGGCAGCGUUAAUGUGCCGUCCACAACGGCCUGGCUGUCGGAUGCGGAUGAUUGGGGCGAUAACGUGAACGACAACGCGUCCGAGCAAAACGGGAAUAAUAUGCUGGGGAAUGAUCCUCCGCAGUUCCACUUUUCUCUUCACAAAGAGAUAGAUCAGGAUAUCCGGGAGGAGUUGGCUAUGCUGCGUGUAGAUGAUCCAAAUGCAAACAGUCCGACCAGCGUGGAUUCUCCGGUCAGCGGAGGCGCCGUGGGUCGCUUGGAUUCCCCUCAGGCUUCCGCGGAGAUCGACGGGGAUGAGAGCGAGGUCGUGUGUAUUGAUACUCCGACGCGACCACAGUGUGAUUUAGUUAGUUUACUGCACGAGGUGACGCCGUUGCCGCUGCAAAUCACGAACGCGGACACUAAAUACUCCUUCAUCGAGAUAUUCUUGUCGGUUGACGAGGAGGACUACAGCACGGAUGUGUCCCAGCACGUCAGGGACCUGCUGGUCGAGUAUCAGCACAGCAACGCGGACAUGUCGAUGAAGUUCAUGCCGGAAUCUGGCAAUCCCAAGACCAUCGACACGGACGUGGAGAAAUACGAGAAGUGUAUUCCUAGGCACGGCGAUGAGAUGUUCCAUAAUUUCGUCUGCAGAAUACAGAGGAAUCCCGGACAGUUGCUACGAUAUUCGAGGGACAAUGCGGCACCGUUGCUGCUGUAUCCGCUAAGCGGUUGCAUCGGCAAGUGUCGACACUGCGGUGACGAGAUGACGUUCGAGCUGCAAGUAUUGCCGACGAUCAUACCGAAGUUAACGUUGUAUCCGCGCAGCGAUCGUAACUUCCAGAUCGAGUUCGGCACCGUUUUGAUAUACACCUGCGUGAGAAGCUGUUGGUCCGCGACCGACUCGUAUCGGGAGGAGCAUGUCGUUGUUCAGGCGGAGAGACUAUAGUCGUUAAGGUACUAAGGGAAGAUUACGGAGUGAAGCCAAGGUUCUUCCAGUGAUCCUAUAGAGUUUCGUAUUAUACGCGUCUAGGACGACUAGUCAUGUUACGUCUGUAGGGAAAUACCGUCCACCACCUGUUCGUGUAAUACAUCAGAAGUCUCCUAAGUAGCGAGCGACGACCACAUACAUUGAGAAAUAACUGGACUAAGCGGAUCGACCGGAGAUGGACGUGUGCGUGGAUGGAUGGAUGCACGAGGCGUAAGGAGCGAACACUCAAGUACGUCAUAUCGUGUGAUUUGAUGACAUCGUUUGUGAAUGCAAGGUAUUCGAGACUAUCGAAAAUAAAACUAGACUUCAAGUCAACUAACGAGGUAUACUCAAAGUAUAUAUUAAGUAAAGCGUUUACUCGAUACAUCGAAAGGGUAUGUCGAUAUGUCGUAACCGGAUUACUCGAAUUUGCCAGCUCCUCCCCUUUUACCUUUGGCUUCACUUCCCUUGAGAAGACACCGUUUCGUCUGGUUAUUUCUCACGUCCACGACGACGGCGGCGGCGACGAUGACGUAGCGGAGAAGUGGCGAGCAUACAUUUUUCGAGUUAUACUUGUCGAGCGAUACGCGAAGAUUUUAGAGACGCCCGCGAUAGAAGAGUCUGAUUAAGAGCAUUUAUUUUACUUUUCGACUCGAUCUUAGUAUAUAAGGUACAACUGUACAAUUGCUAUUGGCGUAUAAAUACACAGAGGAGCUCAGUGGAA